CAACCUACCAAUAAUGAUGCUCUAAGGACCCAAAUAAUACCUAGACGAUCCCACUCGGUCAAACUCUCCUCCACGGUUAACAUUUCUUCCCGGAGAUCACUCUCUUCCUCCUCCAGUUCCCUCCUAUUUCCGGCAACUCCUCUCCAUCCCCUUGGCGUCCCAUUCUCAUGGGAAAAGCUUCCCGGCGAACCCAAAGAGUUCCCAUAUCACCAAAAAAACGAAUCAUCAAACAACUUCUUGCCUCUCCCUCCUCACCGGAUUAACCAUAGCCCCAACACCAGGCGUAAGAAGGAGUCGUCCCCUGCAUCCAUGAGAGACCCCUUCACAGCGGCGCUUGCAGAGUGUUCCAAAGGCGUCACUGCAGGCGGAGAACAUACCAGCGGUGAAACAAGGAAGGUUUUAAGGAAGAGUAACAGCAUCAAGUUACUGAAUCUUUACGCUUCUUGCAGAAGAGCUUGUGCAGUUUCUGAAUCCAUUGUUUAUCUCCCGAAGUCCACCGACCGAGUUGCUUCCUACGAUCAUCUUCUUCUCAGCACUCGUUGUUAUCGCCGGUGA